AUGGCGUUGAUGUUGGAUAACUCGUGUGAAGGGAUAUUAUUAUCAUUAGAUUCCCAUAAAUCAAUGCCUGCUCCUUUCCUCACAAAAACCUAUCAACUGGUCGAUGAUCCCACCACUGAUCACAUUGUGUCAUGGGGCGAAGACGAUACAACCUUCGUUGUGUGGCGACCACCAGAAUUCGCUCGUGAUCUCCUUCCGAAUUACUUCAAGCACAACAACUUCUCCUCCUUUGUACGCCAACUCAACACCUAUGGUUUUAGAAAAAUUGUACCAGACAGAUGGGAGUUUGCGAAUGAAUUCUUCAAGAAAGGAGAAAAGCAUUUGUUGUGUGAGAUCCACCGUCGGAAAACAUCACAACCGCACGUUGGGCUAAACCAUCACCACUUCACCGGCAUUGGCGGAGGAAAUGGUUUCUUUUCUUACCCACUUACACGUGACAGCAUCUCUCCGACAGACUCCGACGACCACGUAUGCUGUGACUCUCCACCACCUCUCUCUUCAUCAACCACCACCGGAACUGCAUCAACAGCAGCUGGUUUGUUCGGAAUCUUUCCGAGUAACAGUAUCAGUAGUAACGGCAGAGGUAACUCCGUCACGGCACUGUCUGAAGAUAACGAGAGGCUACGGAGGAGCAAUAACAUGUUGAUGUCGGAGUUGGCACAUAUGCGGAAGCUUUAUAAUGAUGUUAUCUACUACGUACAAAACCAUGUGAAGCCGGUGGCACCCAGUAACUCAUACCCUUCAUCUCUUCUCUUACCUUCUACUAAUGGCCCAUUAAUGAUGCAAAAACAGCAGCAGCAGCAGCAGCAACAGCAACAACCAACAUCCUUCUUCAAUGCCGGUAGUAACCCAAAUGUGACCGUUGUUUAUCCUAGUAAACCUCAGCAGCUGCAACUUCAUGAUUCGACAAUCAACAACAUGGUAAGAGAUCAAGAUAAAGUAAACGUUAUAAAUAGAACGAAGCUUUUCGGAGUUCCAUUGCUAUCUAAGAAGAGACUGCAUCCAGAGUACGGCAGUGCCAACACAAUGGUGGAGGCUCAUAAGGCAAGGUUGAUUUUGGAAAAGGAUGACUUAGGGUUAAAACUCAUGCCUCCUUCUCCCUGUUGA